CGGCAGGAAAGAGGGGAAAUAUUCUUUUUUUACCGUACAAAAGUUGGCAAACAAGAAGCACAUGACUCUGACGAUGUUCAACGUUUAUACAUAAUUCUCCGUACAGAGUCCGGCGAACAUUCCGUCGAAGUUAAACAAGAUCCUCAUUCCGGUAACGAAGGUGAAGAACUUGGUUCUCACAUGGAUCCCGGGAAACCCAACCGCGAUAUUUCUUCCGAUAAGGAACAUUCCGGCCGUGAGGGAGGACAUGGGACCCAAGAAGUUAAUAUCGAGAAGGAGCCUUUGCUCCGGUUCAUUGUAAUGGGCCGGAAAAGUCUUCCGGAUCCUAGCAAGAAAAAAGGGCAUCGUCCGUAUUGGGGUUUUGUGGAAAUGGUGACUACGAAAAUCGACGAUGUAAAAGCAGCUCUCAAGGGAGAAGAAUACGACACCUCAACUAGAGGACACCGUGUAGUUGCACCAGUUAGAGCUGUAGGUGAAGGAAUUUAUCUAAUUUUGAGGCACAAUCCGAAGAAGAUGCAUACCCAUUUGGUUUACAAGCUUGAAUUUCCAGCAGAAGAUGAGGAAAACGAACCUCAGGAGGAAUUGAACAUAAAGCGAGAAGGGUCAUUUCUGAUUCAGAUCAAGAACCCAGAGCAACAUGGAAGUGGAUCGCAGUUUAGGGGGCUUCAGAAAAAGAAGGCGGCUACAUUCCCGGCACACUUGCAAGUUGAAUUUAGGCGGCUGAGGUACCAUCCGUCAGACCCACCUGAUUUUUUGAACUAUGAAGGGUGUGAAUUUCUGCUGAUAUCUGCUUCUGAUGAUAUAGAAGAGGACUUGGGUUUGGAAUUGAAGACAGAAAGUGAAGCAGAACAUGAUCCGUCUUGUUCGGAUUUGGUGAAACUGUCGAUUCGUGCUCUUCUAAGAGGCACUUGGGUUUGAACUUGGUCCCUAGGAUUUGGUACUAAUUAUGUAGAUAUUAGUUUUAGAUGUUGAAGCGUACUCCGUAAAUGGUAAGACUUCUGUAAUUAGUAAACACCCCUUCCUGAACUUUAAUCUUGUUUUGCUGUAAAUUAGGAAGUUUAACAAGUUAAUUCCACGCAAUUACUCUUCUGUCUUAGCUUGAUUUUGCAAUUCUAUUU